ACCUAUAGUGCAAGUCACAGACGCGCCGGACGCUCUAGGUCCUCUCCCCUCCACAAGUUUAGUGCAGGCGCUGAGCAACAGGACCUAGACACCUCGAGCACAGUCACAGUCCAGACAUCGCUUCGCUACAAUCACCACGUGCCAUACCGAUAUAGACAAUAACACUCCCCCGAAACCUUUCUGCUCCGGUAGAUCUUAAUUGAGAAUGGCCCCGGCUCCUCGGAAACGCCGCAGGGCGCCCACGAACCCCAUCGAGACAGCCAACCGCAAGUCGGAUGAGGAGUUCGUCAAAGACCACCUGCAAUCAAGCAGCCCAGACUGGACAUCAUGGACGCAUCCCAAGACCGACAAGCCCUACGCCCUCUCGCUGAAGUCGUCGUCGGCGCUCGCCCAACACGAGCUGCAGGCCUGCUUCGACCUCGUCGACCGCACCAGCGGGGCCGAUUACCGGGCUUCCAAGGACGGGUGGAGGCCCGCGAGCAAGAUGAAGGAGAUGAGGAGCCCCGACCUGAGGUACAUCCUCGUCAAGGAUGCUGACGGCGAUGACGGAGGCAAGAUAUGCGGCUUCACGAGCCUAAUGCCGACGUUCGAGGAGGGCGAGGCCGUGGUGUACUGCUACGAGAUUCACCUUUUGGAGGAGUUGAGGGGCACCGGAAUGGGCCGCUUGCUCAUGGAACACCUCGUCCGGGUGGCCGAGAGCAUCCCCAUCAUCGAAAAGGUGAUGCUGACGUGCUUCCUCGCCAACGCCGGCGCGCGCGCCUUCUACGAGAGGCUCGGGUUUGAGAGGGACGCCAUCUCCCCCGUCGAGAGGCGGUUGCGGUUUGGAAAGGUCUUUGUGCCGGAUUAUCUCAUCAUGAGCAGGAGGGUGCGCGGUGAGGGCGAGAGGAUAAAGCCGCAGAUCGGGGACAGCGUGAAGACGGGGUCAUGACAGUGAUCUUAUACCACAGCGGCGAGUGAGUAGUACGUACGUUGCCUAGCUGCCUCGCGGCAAGUGAGAGCUUAGAUACCACGUGAGAACACACAAAAUACUACUCUCAAUUCCCAC